UUCUUUUUCCAUGGUGAUGAAAACAGAAUCAUUUGUCGUUGACACUGCAACAGACAAGUGCCUUCCGCGAAGUCCAGCCUGUCUUUGUGAAACGACUAAAGCCUAUAAAGAUGGCGGCAAAGAAGUCCCACAAAGCAACAUUUACUGCGACGAGACAAGCUCGGAUGUAUUUCCUGAUUUUUCGGUGAUUACAAAACCUAUAAUUGACAGUUUUGACUGGUAUAUAGGACUUUCCAAAAAUAACUUAACAUCUAUACCGGGAGGUUUGUUUACAGGUUUUGCACCCGUCAAUCUCAAUGCCACGUACAUUUUCCUUGAUUUAAACCAAAAUCGUAUCUCUAAAAUCGAAAAUAAUGCGUUCGUAGGGAUGGAAAACGUGUACUUAGAAAUGGAUUUAACAUACAACAAUUUGACGAAUAUUCCAUUUGCAUUUUUAUUGCUGAAACAACUUCGGGGACUUUCACUUGAAUUUAACCCAAUCAAAGUCAUGGAUCAAAUUGUUCUCCAACAUAUUGCCCCGACACUUACAUAUUAUGAUUUAGGAAUUGGCAACAUGACAUCUUGGCCAGCAGAGUUAUCUUCUUUUACUGAUUUGUUUACUGCUGCACUGUAUGACGUAGAACAAUAUAAGUUACCAAGACAACCCUUCUACGGAUCUAAGAAUAAAAUAGAUGCAAUAAGUAUAAUUAGAUCUGACCUAACAACGCUACCGUGUUAUUUAACAGAUCUUACAGCCCUGACAAUACUAGCCAUACAUGAAACUCCUUAUUUAAAUGCUACAAACAUUGUUGAAGUAUGCCCAACGAAUUACUCGCUGUUGAAACUUCAAAAAUUAGAACUUGUUGAGGGGGCGCUUAAAGAGUUUCCAAACAUUCUUAAGUAUACACCUUUACUUAAAAAGCUUUAUUUAGAUCACAAUCAGAUUCAGUAUGUGAAUGGGAAUUUUAUUCCAAUGAACAGUUUAUUAGAAGGUCUGGUCCUUUCGUACAACAGUCUGCAGACAAUACCAGGCAGCUUUCUGCGAUUUCAACAUCUGAGGGAACUAAAUCUAGACCACAACAACAUUGCUACUAUGGUUCCUGGAUUGGAGCGUAUUAUUUUACAAAAUCCUAAGCCUAAUCUGUGUUUAAGGUACAAUCCAAUUAAUACAACAUCACUUACAGCGAAAUGUUCGCCGAUCACUUUUCCAUGGAGACCAUAAUUGAAAAUUUGAAUUUAGAUAUUUUCAUAAAAUAAAUAUAGAUAAUGCGAUAUGGAAAUAAACCAACAGACCUUGA